AUCACCCAGACAGCCCAUAAGACUAUGGAAACUAAUCAGGAUCAAAUCUCAUCUCAGACAACAACUGCAACAACUGACCAACCAUCUGACAGACCAUCUUACAUACGCACUGAUAGCCAACAAGUUGUCAGACACAUUACCUGUGGACCCUUAAGGAACAGCCAUGGCUUGGAUAGGGAGGUGGGAAAGGAGAGAAGAGGGGAGGGGCAGGUAAAGGCAGAAGAUGACCCUAAGAUAACUGGGUCACAGAUGAUGUACCACAAACUGCAGCCCCAUAAGUCAUUCACACUAGAUAAUGUAUCAGAGCUCAGGCCAAAGAGUGGCGUGGAUGAAGACAACACUGAGGCCAUUUUUCUGCUCAGCUCCCAUGCCAGCUCAAGAAGGAGCUGCAGCACCUUAGACUCUCUGAACCAGAGCCCUGUACCUCAGGCUACUGUGGGUACUGACAUCACAUCCCAUGUGAAAACUCUUCUCCAUACUGACUCUGAUCUGACUGUGACCCCAAUCAUGGACAACCCUAAGAUUCUUAAGAGCCCUCCUGUGCGAUUCGAUCCUAAAACCCUUUGUGUACCAGCAUAUUCAGUUGAGAACCUUCAGUCCCUGAGUGAUGAAGGCUGGACUGUCUUCGUCUUACAGCUUUGUUCAUCCCUUGAAGAACAGAAUCCAUCCCUUCCUUUGUCCUCCUCCUCCACUGCUGCCGCUCAUACCUCCACCGCCACUCGCUCGAAACUCAACCUGCUGUGUUACCUCUGCUGUGUGGCUAGACAUGAAGUUAUUGCUAACAGGCUGAUUAACUCAGCACUG